CGAUCAGCUACUUCGCGACCAGAACAGCGUCCUGAGCUGCGCUUCCAUCUGUCAGCAAAGGAACGUCAGAAGCUUCAGAAGAGUACCUUUGCACUGCUCUGGUUGCGCCAUGGAGCUUCCAACAAUGUCCCGGUGCGCGCUGCUCUUAUUCACCCUCAUUCUGCAUAUGGCAAUUGCUGCCAGCGCGCAAGGAGGUCAGGCGGUCAAUGUGAGCUUCGACCACCGUUCCCUCCUCUUCAAUGGGGAGCGCCAGCUGGUGGUAGCAGGAAUCGUGCACUACCCGCGGAGCACGCCAGCGAUGUGGCCUGAUCUACUGCAGAAGUCGAAGGCUGGCGGGUUGAAUGCAAUCCAGACUUAUGUGUUUUGGAACGGGCACGAACCUCAAGAAGGCCAAUUCAAUUUUGAGGGUCGCUUCGACCUGGUGCGAUUUGUGAAAGACGUCCAGAGUGCAGGUCUUUACCUCAUCCUGCGCAUUGGUCCAUAUGUUUGCGCAGAGUGGAACCUUGGAGGCUUUCCUCAGUGGCUGCUGGAGGUGCCUGGCAUUGAAUUCCGCACUGACAAUGAACCAUUCAAGGCGAAGAUGGAGGUUUUCACCCGCAAGAUUGUCGCCAUGAUGAAGGAGCACCAGCUGUUCAGCUGGCAGGGCGGCCCCAUCAUCCUGGCGCAGAUCGAGAACGAGUACGGCAGCGUCCAAGCCGCGUAUGGCGAAGCUGGGAAGCGUUAUGCCUACUGGGCUGCCGACAUGGCCAAGUCCCUGGACGCAGGGGUGCCCUGGAUCAUGUGCCAGCAACCAGACGCCCCGGGCUUCAUUGUCAACACGUGCAAUGGCUUCUACUGCGAUAACUUCCAACCCCACCGGUGGCCCAUGCCCAAGAUGUGGACUGAAAACUGGGACGGCUGGUUUGGCGGCUGGUUGUACCCAAUGCCGAGGCGCGCUGCGGAGGACAUCGCGUUUGCCGUCGCCCGCUUUUACGCAAAGGGGGGAGCGCUCAUGAGCUACUACAUGUACCACGGAGGCACGAGCUUCGGGCGCACAACAGGCGGGCCUUUCCUUACGACAUCGUACGACUACGAUGCGCCCCUCGACGAAUAUGGCCUCAUCCGCGAGCCCAAGUACAGCCACCUGGCGGCGCUGCACUCGGCCAUCCGCGCUUGCGAGGGUGCCCUACUCGCAGUGGACGAGCCGCUCGUACAGCAGCUGGGACCCAAGCAAGAGGCUCACCUGUUUACCUCCCUCGGCGCCAGCAACGGCAGUGGCCCGUGCGCGGCGUUCCUGUCCAACUGGGACGAGUCGCUGCCGUUCCUGGCCACGUUCCGCGGCCGGCCGUACGUGCUGCCGCCCUGGUCCGUCUCCGUCCUGCCCGACUGCACCACUGUGCGCUUCAACACCGCCCAGAUGGAGGCUCGUCCUAAGGCGAUCAUGCCAAUUGUGGAAUCAACGACUGAAGCGGCAUCAACGGCCACGUCAAAGGUCACAGGCGACCGUCGCAUCGUUGAGCACGUUCAAUCCGGCACGUUGGAGUGGAGUCACUGGGCCGAGCCGCUGUCCCCGCGUGAGCAUGCCGUCACGGCGCGCGUCCCCCUGGAACAGAUCGCCACCACGCGGGACACGAGCGACUACCUCUGGUACAGGCGCAGCUUUACCCUGAACUCCACCAGCCUUCCGGACUCAAACAACGCCACGUACAGCAUCAUGCUGACAGCCGCACGCGAUUUGGUGCACUUCUUCCUGAACGGCGACUACAUCGGUCACGUCAUGGGCGGCUUGAACCUGACUGCUCCCGUGUCGCCUCGAGAGGACGGAACGGAGAACGAGCUGGCGGUCCUGGUCGAGACGGUGGGCCUGCAGAACUUCUCCCCGCGGUUCGAGCAGAUGGGUGCGGGCAUCACGGGGCACGUGCUGCUGCUGCGCAACGAGAUCGACCUGGCGGCCAAUCUCACCCACGGCAACUGGACGCAUGAGACGGCCUUGGAGGGCGAGCUCCGCGGUGUGUUCUCCCCCGAGGGUCAGCGCAACGUGACCUGGUCCGCUGGCCUGGGCAGGAGCGUCGGCAGCCCCUUCACCUGGUACAAGACGUCCUUCGCCUCCCCCCCGGGCACCUCCCCGGUCGCUCUGGACCUGCAGUCGCUGGGCAAGGGCCUGGUGUGGGUCAAUGGCCACGGCAUCGGUCGCCACUGGCCGUCGCAGAUUGCCGCGCCCGGCCAGUGCCCGCCAUGCGACUACCGAGGACCGUUCCGCACGGACAAGUGCUACACCGGCUGCGGCCAGCCCAUCCAAAGAUGGUACCACGUCCCCAGAGAGUGGUUGCAGCCCACCGAUAAUUUGCUGGUCAUCUUCGAAGAGCAGGGGGGUGAUCCGAGUGGAGUAGCCGUCGUCACACUGGGACCAGAGGGAGUGCCAGCAAGCGUUGAGACCAGCUAGCGAGUUCGGAAGUGUAACGCUUUGAGGUGUGGUGUGGAGAAUGUGAAACGCUUUUAGGUGAUCUGUGAACGAGGUGUAUCAUGGCCGACGACGUUGUACUGAUAAAGCUUUGAGUAUUGCAAGUAUACUGUACUUUAGCAUCCUGUACCAAGAUUGUAGAUUGAAACACAUGAUAUGCUUUGCCAAAGGCAUAGAUGGAAGAGAGCUGUCUUUAGUUCGUGACAAAAGAGUACGGUAAGGAAUUGCCUACAACUGCAGCUGCGAUCUGUAGAGCCUGUUUUUGCCACAAUGAGAAGUAUUGAGGAACGCCAUCACAAGACUUAAACCAACGGGAAAUCAAGAAACAUGUCGAACUGAAAGUGUGGGAAAUCUGAUCCGGUCCGUGAAACCUAGAGUGACUCGGACAAAUUGUAACGAUGUGAUCCUGCAAUCGGACAGAGAGUUCUAUUCAGCGCGUGAGACUAGUCACAAUUGCUGCCAAUUGUGAUCAAUAG